AUGAACAGGAGCCAUCUUAGCAUGCAUGUCGGGCAUGUAACUGCUGCCAUCCGUGCCUGCUGGAACUCCGAAGGCCGAAGUGAUAAUGCUGCACGAAUGCUGUACAGCUUCAUGUUGGACAUCGGUUUGGAGCCGAACAUCGUAACAUUUACGUGUCUGCUGGGCGCUCAUGAGGCAGCGUCGGUGGAGGACAUUUGGAAGAUAUAUACAGACAUGCAGCAAGCUGGGGUGCAAGCCGACGUGGUUUUCGCAGAGACAUUCUUGAUCACAGUCUUGCGCAAGCCGAAGGCGGUGAAGUGGGAUUAUGAUGAGGCGGUGGUCGCCCUUCGUGGCUUAGAGCCCCAUCGAAUACAGGCUGCGCAAGCGGCCCUGAUGCACUUUAAGAAGACCAAGGUUCGUCUUUCAACGCUGAGCAGUCGCAUUGACCGCGCUCUUCAGAGGAUUGCAGCAGAGGGCACGUGA